GGGCAACAUUGCGGAGCAACCACUCACAUCUGGCAAUGCUCGCCGCAAAAUGGCAAAAAAUAAUACAUACGAUUAAAAACUAAUGGACAAUUACGUAUUACGUGAAAAGAACGCAACGCAAAUAAUCAAAACCUAAUAAAGUGUGACGUGCAGUACGGUCCGUGUGCGUACAAAAAUACAGCGAAAUAAGAUCUAAACGUGUGAAAAGUGAUUCAAACGGGUUUCGGAAUCGGAGCCGAGCACUUAGACCUUUUCCAUCUACACUUGCAAAAAGCGACAGAGCGCGAGAGAGACGGCGCGUGUGAGCGGAGAGUAGAGCGGAGUGCCAGUGAGUGCGAGCGAGUGCUCUGACAAAGCCAGCGCAACAUAGCGAAAAUCGCAACCAAAUCGAAAUUCAACCAAAUCGAAGAUUCUGGCGAACAAAGACGACUGCCAACUGCCGAAUAACAACAACAAAGCAACGUCUCGCUGCCAUCGGUUGCACUCUCUUUUUGUUUUCGUUCCGUAUUUUCGCAAGCGGCGAAACAGGCGCUGAGUAAGCGCCAGAAAGAGUGCAAAAAAAGGCGAAGGAAAGAAAGAAGCCAAGGAGCAACGAACUGUGUUUGCGGUGUGUGCUCUGCGUGCGAAAAGCGCGUUUAUUGGCCUAACGGCUGUUUUCACUAGAAAAAUAUGUUAAAUAGAAAAAUACUUUUGCUGGCUUUGUGUAAUUCGCUGUGUGCAAGGGGGACCGAACGGAACACAGCACCUCCUGUCAUCUCGCUCUCUCCCGCAAACAGCGUUGCAUUUAGAGACGGUCGGUUUUUGUUAUCCGUUUUUUUUGUCAUCAUAUACUCCAGAAGUUUCAGUGAAUUUGUGUUUAAUCAGCAAAUAUCAUGCUGAGCAAAGGCUUACUAAUUGUUUAAUAAUUGCCAGGUGUUUUCUGGCCUGCCACCCCCGCAUUAAUUCUGUCGCCGGUCUGGCUAGCUGUGCUAUUUUGCCCGGGUGGCAACACCGUGCUUCCACACCACUCACACGCACGCAAUACAUGCGAAAAGUGCGAAGUGGAAGAGGAAGAACUCGACGAAGAAGAAGCAGCGGCAAACUUUACGUUGGAAGGUGGAAAUCAGAAUUAAAAGUGCUAACUUAAUUCGAAUUUAAACGGUCAAGCGCAUUCAAAUAUCCAAUAGACAGGCGGUCAAGUGUAUCAAUAAACCGCGAAACAUUCGAAGUAAACAAAUUUGAGCGUUUUCCAUUCAGUUUAUCAUCGCUACCCAACAAACGAAACUCCCCGAGUGUGUGGCUGUGUGCGUGAGUGGUGUUUAAACGCCCACUAAAAAGACUGAUACAAGAAGCUCCGGCCCAAGAGCGGCGAUCCCAGCACCUUAUCCCCAUCCUCAUAAAAAGCCACAGCUACAUCCUAGCCCAUCCUCCAGCGCAGCGUGAAGAAGAGGAGCGCGGCGGCGGCGAGAAGGAAGCUAACGCUAAUGAGGAUCUAUUGGCAGCAUGAGUACACUGGGGGGAAGUAGGGGAGAGCGAAAUGCCAAGCCCAAAUUCACAGCGUUGGAUAUAAAUCGCAUGUACAAGAAUAGCCGCGGCGAAUCGAGUGAACCAUCUGCACAAAAGAAUCAAGUGCCACGUAAACAUGGAAUGCAAAUCUUGGGCAAAGUGCCGUCCGCUAGGCGACCACCAGCCAAUUUGCCAUCCCUGAAGGCCGAGACCCACACCAGCAGCAACAACAAUCUCCUAGUCUCAGUUGAAGGAGCCACAUCUGGAGGAGCGGGCUCAGGCGGAGCAGCUGGAGCAGGCGCGGCAGGAACCAAUACUAGCCACAACAACACCACUGCCCACAGCGGAAGUUCAGGAUCAGGCGGCGGAGCGGGAUCAGGCGGAGGAGGAUCUGCGUCGUCAUCUGCUGGCGGCCAUCAUACGCAGCAGCAAGCUCACAGCCAGCACCAGCACAAUAACAACGUCGGUCUUGGUCCGAACGCCGGAAAGUUUGUCAACAGCAACAGUAGCAUCAACAACAACGCCGGCGGAUCAGGCAGCGGCAAUAAGAACUUUAAAUUAAUCAACAACUCCGUGGGCAGCUCCGGCGGCGGAGGAGCAGGAGGUUCGGGCGGCGGCGGCUCAGCAGGACCAGGAGGAGGAUCAGGGUCUGGAUCGGGUGGACACUCAGUCAACUCACCCAAGACAUGGUCUGCCAUUACCACAGGACACGAGCGGGGCUCGGGCGGUCAGCACUUUGGCCGCCAGCAGCAGCAAGUGGUUCCCCAUUACCAGAGUCCCCAGUUUCAGUACGAGUUUCCCACGCUGGACGGCACAGUUGGCAGCGGCGCCGCCGGCGGAUCGGGGACGGGUGUAGGAUCCGGGCCUGGAGCGGGCAAGAACCAUUACCAGAACCAGGCACACCAUGCCGGCCACCAAAACCACCACCAGCAUCAGCAGCACCACCAGCAGCAUCAACAGCACCACCACCAGCAGCAACAGCACCAUCGGGACUACCACCAUGGCCACGGGCGCCAGUAUGGACACCACUCUCAUCGCGACUACAGAGAUGGCAGCGACGACGUCGGCGGCGGGUCCGCGGAGCUGGGCGAGCUCAGUCUUCGUCCACAGAACGACACGGCAGCUUGGCUGCAGCAGCAAGAGAAGGCGGCCAAGGUGGCAGCAGCUGCGGCAGCGGACCAGGGUCUCAACCUACAGGGCCCGGUCCACCACCAGAUGGGUGGAAAUGGCGGGGGAGGAGGAGGUUCGGGUGGAGCUGUGCCCCUGCCCAUCCUUUCGCUAAUGCCCUCGUUCAUGCGCAGCGGUGCUCCGCUGCCUGCAACUGGAGCGACUGCAGCCAGCAUCUUGGCCGGCGGAUCUUUGGACUCCACCGCUAUGCCCAGCGCUCCCUACCAAAACGGCAUUCUAGGAGCUCGUUCCUCUUCGCCUGCUGUAGUGGGAAGCGGCGGAUUUCGGGCGGCCACUAUUAUUCCCAAGCGACCACCGGCUUCUUCAUCGCCUCCGCAAUCUGGACUAGGCAUAGGAGGAUCUCCGACGCCACCUCAAUCCCAGCAGCAGCAGGCCAAUGGAGGAGGCGGUGGAGCCGGACGCAAGGAUAAGGACUACGUGGUGGAGCCUGAGGUGGCUCAGAUGCAGCGUCCCAUCAUCCGCGAAGAGGAUUUGGAGCGUCUAAACGCCAUCGCCAAGGACGAUAGCUGGACCAAGCAGGACGACAUUGACUACACCAAGAAACUAACAUUCUCAGAUGACGAGUCCACGCCGGAGGAGCACCAAGGGCAGGGUAAGCAGCACGGUUCUGCCCAGCAAGGAUCCUCCUCAGUAUUGGUUGGAAACGAUCAACGCAAGCUGUCCGCCUCGACAGCCAGUUGGCAACGCGGCAAGGAGAGCACCGAGCGCGAACAGCCAUCGGAAGCUAUUCAGGAUCAACAGCAGCUCCAGCAGCAGCAGGAGAUCCGCCAACAGAACGGUCAUCGAAAUAGCUCUGGCAAUGUGGGAGCGCCAGUAGCCGGUGGAAUUGCUUUGGAUGCCAGUGUUUAUGAACGUGUAAAGCAGCGCAAGGAGGAGGAAGAACGUCGCGAGAUGGAACGUAAGCAGGCGGCUGCCAAAAAGUUGCAAGAACUAGAAAUGAAGAUGAAUAGCAAAAAGGCGGCAGCAGCAGCCUUGGCAGGAGCAGAAGGAACAGCCCUAUCAUCCUCUGGCUCCACAUCGUUGACCAAUGAGGUUCCACCUUCGUCCGCUCCAUUGGGUAAUGUUAGCGAAGAUGAGGGUGGAGGCCAAAGCGGCGGCAGCGGUCUGCACCGAAGGCCUCGGGGAAGCAUCUCGAGCCUGGGCAGCGGCGUCACUCCUACGGGAGGAGCUGGUGGCGGCGGUGGAGGCGUAUCCUCAUCUUCGUCGGCAGGCGGCGACUAUGGUCAAAAGACCUUCCUCACCCAUUUCCAAUCAAAUUUACCACCUCGCUUCCAACGUCAGCAGCAACAACAACAACAGCAGCUGCCACGCUUGGAGAAGAGCGCCUCGGCUAGCAGCGCAUUCGACAGCAAUUCCCGCUAUCUGCAAAAGGGCGGAGUAAGCGGAGGAGGAGGCGCGAGUGGGGGAGCGCAGGCUAAUGCUGGACAAGGUCGAAGCAUCUCCGGCGGCUAUGCGCAGCGUGGUGCCAGCGUCGGUGGCAGCGGUGGUGGUGGAUAUGGGCGAAAUCGGCACGACAGCAGCAGUGCUCGAGAGGAACAAGAGUUGGAACAGCAGCAGCAGAGGUUUACUCGAGGCCAAGACUACCGUCAGGCGCAAGUUUUGCCGCGCAGCAUAUCUGAGAACUCUCAUCGUAAGACCAGCGUUUCAUCGGCUGGUGAUGAUGUUUUGGGCGGUGGAAGUGGAUCUUGCUCCUCGUGGGCAGAGCAAACGGAUGCCGAACAGAAGGUGCAUCAUCGGCACCGCGAGGAGAGCUUUUCUUCGACCCACAGCCACGACUCGGCGGUGCAAAUAAAGAUUCUGCAGCGGCCGGCCCGACAGCCGAGCCUUAGUGAGGAGUCGUCAACCCAGCAAAAACAGCUGCCCGCCUCUCCACAGCAGCAGAAGACGCUGACGACUGAGCCCAUGCCCACGCAGAUUCUGCGACGCAGCGUGGAGAUCGAAAAGCCCGUAGACGAGCGCUUGGACGACAAGUCUGCAUUAGAAUCUGAUGAUAAGGCGAAGGCAGCGGCUGGAAAGGUGGAAGAGGAGAAGUCUGGUAAUAAGCGGCCUAGCCCAAGAAGCGGAGCGGCAUGCGGAAGUGGAGGUCGUGGUGGUCGCAGUUAUACCAGCGGCAGUAGCGGAUCCGCUGUCGGUUCAGGCAGCUAUCGGAGCCAGAGGACCGCCAGCGACUGGGGUAGCAGCCGUGGCAGUGGCGGCAGUGGCAGACGCUACUACGGCAGUGGAGGUGAGCAAUCAGAGCACUCCGAGGAUGUCGACGAGGACUGCUACAGCAGCAGUGGAGGCGGAGCCGGAGGAGCAGCGCGUCGCAGCCCCAAAGAAGCUGGUAGCAGUGCAUCGAAUGCCGGUCAGGCAGCGGCCAACAAGGCGGGUUUCUCACCCCGUGGCGAACCCUCAAGACGUGGAAGAGGUGGUCUCUCUAGCGGAGGAGGUGGCUCCGCUUCAGGCUAUCGCCGUCAACCCGUGGGCACUGGCUCGACUGGAGGUUCGGGAUCGGGUGGAGCUGGUCGCACCUAUGGUAGACUUGGCUACGAAGAAUAUGGCAAGCAACAGCGCACCUCCGAAUCCGACGCGGAUCUGGACAAGACCAAGCAGAACCAGCUGGCACUCAGCGCCGGCCUGCACAAACCAAGCAAGGAUGAUAAGGAUUCGUCUGCGCUCAGCGGCGAGGAGAAGGACAAGACUGUUACUCUGACUCCCGCCCACAACACUGCCCUGUUAGCAAAAGAUGAGUUGCAGAAAGAUGCGGCGGGUCGUCUGCCUCCCGGUCUAUCAGCAGCGGGAUCAGCAGUGGGAUCGGUAACUGCCACAUCAUCGUCAGUCGCAGCUCCCGGCUCAGUGGACAAGAAGAAGGGUGAGUCCUGUGCCGUUGUUGGCAGUGAGAAGGUAGCGGGCAGCAAAUUGCCUGCGAUUGGCGAGAAGACCUCGCUGGGCGCUGUUGGCUCUGGUCCGUCGACAAAUCUUCUGCUAGACGCGGGUGCACCUGUCAACACGAUCAUCUUUGAAAACUCUACGUACAAGCAGCAAGCAGCAGCCGCUGCCGUGGUUACCAAGCCAGGUACUCUAUCGGUGUCCAGUGGCGGCCCCUCUAUGACGGUGGACAGCUUGUCCAGUGCACUCUCUCAGAUGAGUUUUGGUGGCAAGGCGACAACGGCUGGUGCCGGCGAGGAUUCCCAAGACAUGAAACUAGGAUUCAGCUUUGGCGAUGAUCCCACCACACCCCUAAAGGUGGUGGACACCAUCGAUAAAACGACCAGCCAACAACAACAGCAACAACAACACUCCCAGCAACAACAGCAGCAGCAAAACAAUUCGACUGCGGAUCUUAACAUGAAGAUAGCCAGUGUGAAGAAGGUCUGGGAGUCGGCCACGCCCAUGUCGGAUGGUCCUUCUCCGGCGCAAGUGCAGCAGCAACAGCAACAGCAGCCACAACAGCAACAACAGUCGCAGGUACAGGUAGUUACGCAGCAGCAGCAACAGCAGCAAGUGGUGGGAUCGCAACAAGCAGGUGACGAUGGCAGUGGCCACAUGAGUGCCGCCUCCUUCGUGGCUGCGGUGGCCGCCUCACAGCAUCAGCAGCAACACCAGCAAAUGCCCCAUUAUGCGGUGUCGGCGGUCCACAUGCAGAGCCACCACCACCAACAGCAGCAGCAGCAGCAGGCGGCUGCAGCGGUGGCGGCAGCGCAGGCGCAGCACCACCAGCAGCAGCAGGCACAGGCGCACCAUCAGCACCAUGCACUCUCCUCGCCGGGCCCGGUGCCCGGAGGUCAUGGCCAUGGCUAUGGCCAUGGGUCGCCGUUCGACGCGGGAUCGUUGGAGCAGCAGUUCCAGCAGGAGGACUACCCUAGUCCCCAGCAGCAACAGCAGGCGCACCAGAAGACCAAGCAGUUGCAGCAGCAGCAACACCUAGGCAUGUCUCCGCCGCCCAGCCAACAGCAGCAGCAGCACUCCCAACAGCAGCAGCAGGCACACCAGCAGCAACAGGCACACCAGCAACAGCAACAGCCGUCAUUCUAUCAGGCGUCACCACAGUUCGGCGUUGGAGGCAUUCCCACGAUCCCCAGCCCGCCGGCCGUGGUGUUCAACUCGUCGCAAAUGCCGCCGCCACCGCCGUCGCAGGGCGGUAAUCUGUACGCUCCAUUCCAUUCGCUCGAUCAUUCGAGCCGUUCGCCCGCCUACUCGGCGGCGGCGGCCGCCCAUAGCUUCCCGAACCACUAUGCGGCAGCAGCAGCGGCGGCGGCAGUAGCGGCCGCGAGCGGCGGUCCCUUCAAUGUCAACGUAAACGCAUAUGCAAUGCAGACUCCGCACGGUGGCAGUCUGCCGCCCACCGCGCCCACGGACAUGUACUCGAACCUUUCAUCCCAGUUCCGUCUGGGCGGUGGUCCGGGUCCUGGACCGGGUCCGUUCGGUCAACCGAGCUCUCAGCAGCUGAGUAAUCCGAGCAACCACGCCGCGGUGGCAAUAAUCUCGUCCAGCAGCAACUCCAUGAUGUCGUCAGGCGCGGCUAAGCCGCCUCCCAGCCAGCAGCCCAUUGGGGCUAUAGGCUCGAAGUCGGCGGGAAGCGGUGGCGGUCCAGGACCAGGACCAGGUCCCUAUGCUACCACCCAGCAGUACAUGAAUCUUUAUACUGGCCCACCGCCGCAGCAUCCCGGACAAGGUGGACCGCCGCCGGGCGCCCACCAGCUGCAAUCGAACAGUUAUUACUCGAAUUCGGCAGCCGGCGGACCCAGUGGACCGCAGUUCUACGGUGGACCGCAAGGCAACGGCGGAGCACAGAGCUAUGGGCUGGCACCUGCCGCAGGCAUGUAUGGUGGCCAUCAGGGCGGACCGCCGGGCUCCAAUGGCCCGCCACAGUCACAGCACACGAUGGGCACCUUUAAUACGCAGUUCAUGAACUCGCAGCUCCUGACAGCGGCCAGCAUUAACCAAUACCGUGGUGGACCAACACCCGGAGCAGCUUAUCUCAAAGGCAGCCAAGGACAGGCACACAUGCAAGACUCGAUGGGUCGUCAACUGAAAAGUCCACUAAGCGCUGAUAUGAGCCUCGGUCUAGCCAAGCAGGUGCAGUCGCAACCCAGUCCGCCGCACCACAAGAAUUACGGCUCGUGGGAUCUGCAGAACCAGGUGCUGCAGCAGCAGCAGCAAUCUCAACAACAACAGCGACAGGGCGGCGGUGGCGGUGGCAAUGGGCCAAACAUGAACGCUCUGGGCGGUCGUGGUAGCGGAGCGGUGGGCAGCGGCAGUGGAAAUGGAGGAGGAGGCGGUGGAUCCCAGGUUGGCGGAAAUGGCGGAGGCAAUGGCGUCGGAAGCGUAGGCCAGAGUGGCGGCGGCGGCCAAGGACGUUAUCCCACGCCGAUUCAGCGGCCCAACAACUACCCACAGCAUCCACAACAACAGCAACAGCAGCAGCAGCAGAGGGAACAGGCGGCAGCAGUAGCGGCGGCGGCUCAGAGGGCUCAGAAUAUGCGACAAGUUACCGGUGGCGGCGGAGGAGUCACAGGAAAUGCCGGUGGCGGUGGCAGUAAUACACCCGUGGGACCCCCCGGCGGUAAUAAUGGUGGCAACGGCGGCCCAGGCGGAGCGGGCGGAGGAGGAGCUGGUGGAGCGACGAGCUCCGGACCCGGAAAGCCCUUCUAUGCGAAUAACGCUUCCGGAGGAGGUGGUGCGGGCAAUCGUGGUGAGUGGCACGCGAACUGAGCGUUAGGUGGUCAUCACCCGCCAUCUAGUUGACUCCAGGCACCCACCACCACCACCACCCACCAGAAAACAACCGAAACAAAAACACAGAAAUACCAAUUGAUGGCAGAGGAAAAACAAGAGUAGACCAGCCAAGAGCUGGUGGAAUGUAUCUUAUCCAAACCGAGAACAUAAACGUAGACAGAGUUAAGCUAGAAAAGUGGAAUAUAAACUAAACGAGCAUCCAAGCGAAACACAGGCAUCCAACCUCCGAAAAAAGGGGCGAUGUGAGUAGGAAAGUGAGCUAUUGGGGGACUCCCCCGUCACAACCGUAAAAUGGCAACUCAGUAAAAUCAGCGAUUGGUAACCGUAGCGAUGAAAAUAAUCGUAAGUCGAAAGUGAGAAGACGAAAGGUUUAACAGGAAACGAGUAAGGAAUACCUAAUUGCAAGAAGAAAUAUUUAAAAAAACACACCACACACAUGCAUACAUACAUUUACAUAUACAUACAUACAUACAGAAUAGCAGUGUAUUUUUUGUCAAACAAAUUUACAUAAUAAUAUAUUACUUUUAUAUACUUAUGAUUUUUUGUAGUAGUCUUUCUCCUUUAAAAAAAAAACAAAAUGAA